AUGUUCGUCUUCAAUUGCUGCGCAGCUUCCAGGGCAGAGAAGGCGAAGGAGAGUGUCUUUGACAAGUUGCUCCUGGAUGGCUUCUCUCAAGUUGCAAGCAAGGGCUUGCUGCGCUCGCAGACCUCGAGCAUCGUUCGCCGGACUGUCGAGGGGAAUCUCGGACUGGUUCUGUCGCACUCCCCGGAUCAUUUCGCGAAGAAGCGGGAAAUGACUCGUGGCGACAAAGAGGUGGUGAUGGAUGCUGAUCCGGAGGCAUUCAAUUUCAACAAGGUCCCUUCGGAGGAGCUUGUUGGUGUCGAGGACUCUUCUGAGUUUGCCGUGAGUGUCCUCGCCUGCGGCUCCCCGCUGGCGAUCGGUCACAUGUUGCUGGUGCCACGGAGGGACGCGGCUGCUCCGCAGGUGCUGACGACGGAGCUCCUGCGUUGCGGGCUGGACCUCGUCGGCAAGUCUUGGAGGAGAGACUUCCGGCUCCUCUUCAACUCAAUGUUGGGCUUCGCUUCGGUCAACCACUUCCACUACCAUGGCCUCUACUUGGAGUACUGUGGCUUUAGUCAAAGGCAAUUCCCUGUGGAGCGCGUGGAGCGUUCCACUGUGGGCGGUGGCAGAACAUACGGCAAGCUCUGCGUUGAGCUCCUGGCAGAAUCACAGUGGUACUGUCGGGGAUUUGUUCUGACAGCCGGCGCUGCGAUCGGCGCAGUCGGCGACACCCCACCGGCAGACCUCGAGGCCUUGGCCACUUUCGCCGGAAACGUGAUCGGACUUUUGCAGUCGAGGAACAUCCCUCACAACGUCAUGAUCGCGCCAUACCAGGGCGAGCGGAAGUCAAGGGACAUGGGGGAUAUUUUUGCGGAAGAGAACUGGAUGCCCCUGGCAGCAUCGCCCGAGGUCUACAUCUUCCCCAGGCGGUCGGAGGGCAAGCUGAGAGAGGAUAGUGGUCUCAAUGCUGCAAUCUGCGAGAUCUCGGGGCUAAUCAUGUGUCAUGAUGAAGACUGUUUCCAGGAGUUUGACGAGGAUAAGGUUUCGAACCUCUUCAAGGAGGAUGUGUCGCUUUCUGGCGACGAGUUCGAUGAUCUUAUUUGCAAGGUGGCGUGGAUGGUUUCUUGA